AUGUUCUUGAGGAAGAAGUGCAGGUAUGGAUCACGUAAGCUGCAGUUUCUCUUGCUGCUGCUGACGCUGGGCUUUUUGCUACUGAUGGUUACAACGCUGAAUCCGCCGCCCGGCAACCAGAGCAAGGAAGGGACUUUCCAGCCCGUGGAGUUCAGCCCCCGGGAAGGGUAUCAGGUGGACUUUGCGGAGACCCGAGAGAUGCUGGAGACCCAGGAGGAGAGCCAGCAGUACUACCCCUCGGACGGGCUGCCGCCUUUCAUCUCCCUGCGGGAGGACGAGCUGAUCGCGGCCGAUCCUGGUCAGACAGUCCACAGGUGCCUACGGCAAGAAUAUGACUCCAGUCUGCCUAGUGCUAGUGUCAUCAUCUGUUUCCAUGACGAAGCCUGGUCUACUCUGCUGAGAACCCUGCACAGCAUUAUGGACACAGCCCCAAAGGCCUCCCUCAAGGAUAUUAUCCUAGUCGAUGAUCUCAGCCAGCAAGGGCCCCUGAAGACAGCUCUGAGUGAAUACAUCUCUAAGCUGGACGGUGUGAAACUCAUCCGGAGCAACAAGAGGCUUGGAGUCAUCCGAGGUCGGAUGCUGGGAGCUGCACGGGCAACCGGGGACGUGCUCGUUUUCAUGGAUUCACACUGCGAGUGUCAGAAGGGCUGGCUGGAACCCCUCCUAGCUAGGCUGUCCAGCAACCGAAACAGUGUCGUCUCCCCUGUCAUAGAUGUCAUAGACUGGAAGACUUUUCAGUACUAUCAUUCUGUGAGCCUGCAUCGAGGUGUUUUUGAUUGGAAACUAGAUUUUCAUUGGGAACCACUGCCAGAGCAUGAAGAGAAGGUACGACAGUCUCCCAUCAGCCCUAUCAGGAGUCCAGUGGUAGCUGGUGCAGUGGUGGCCGUGGAUCGACAUUACUUCCAAAACACUGGAGCUUAUGAUUCUGACAUGACCACAUGGGGAGCAGAAAAUCUCGAGCUAUCUAUAAGGACCUGGCUUUGUGGUGGCUCUGUAGAAAUUAUUCCAUGCUCCCGAGUUGGACAUGUCUAUCGAAAUCACUUUCCCCGUGCUUUCUCCUAUGAAGAGGCCAUUGUGAGGAACAAAAUCCGAAUAGCAGAGACCUGGCUGGGCUCUUUGAAAGAGAACUUCUACAAGCAUGACACAGUGGCUUUCUUAAUCAGCAAGGCAGAGAAGCCAGACUGCAGCGAGCGCCUUCAGCUACAGAAGAGACUGGGCUGUAGAAAUUUCCAGUGGUUUAUAUCAAAUGUGUACCCUGAACUCUCCCAACCUGAAGACACACCAAGAUUCUCUGGCAAGCUUUACAAUACUGGUGUUGGCUUCUGUGCAGAUCACAGACCUGGAAGGGCCAUUGCAGAAGGCUCUAUCGAACUCUCUCCUUGCAGUGACAGCCUCACACAGCACUUUGAAUAUAACAGCAUGAAGGAAAUCCGGCUUGGUUCUGCUCCACUGUUUUGCUUUGAUGUCAGACAUGGGAAGGUUAUCCCUCAAAACUGUACAAAGGAGACAGACGGCAGCCCCCAGCGCUGGGAUGUCCAGGAGAACGGAAUGAUUGUCCAUGUCCUUUCUGGCAAAUGCAUAGAGGCAGCGAAGAGCGAAGACGAGAAGGACUUGUUUUUGUGUGUAUGUAACAAGAAUGCAAACCAGGUGUGGCAAUUUGAACGUUCCCAUGUGCUACGUCAGAGAUGACUGACAGGUCUCUGUGGAGGUCAAGUCUCCAGAAUUUAACCUUACUUCUGUCUGCGAUUUAAGAUAUAUUUCCUGCAUGGACAAGAAAGACAUUUGUGUUUGCUGUAGCAUGCAAGGAAGUCAGGAAGGUCUCUCCUUUGAAAGCCUGGCUCGAAUAGUUGCCACCAGAUCCUGGUUUAUUCAGCUCUAGCAAAAAUUUGUAUUUAUUCUGUGAAGCAAGGAAU